ACACAUAAGACGUCAUCAGAGUGCACCACGCCGGCAGGUUUCAAUCCCGUGUUGACAAACGUGAACCUCUGAAGAAUGUUUCAAACUCAAGCAAAGAAAUGCAUCUGAACUAAUCCAUUUUCAGUGGCUGUAUCUUAUAAAAUUUGAAACCAAUGGAGGUUACCCAUUCCAUCCGCGAGCGCACCAUCACAGAGAACAGCCUGGUGAUUCUCCUCCAGGGUCUCCACGGACACGUCACUACGGUGGAUCUGAGGGACGAGAGCACUGCCCGGGGACGGGUCAUAAACGUGGACGCCUUUAUGAACGUCCGCUUGGAAGAGGUACUUUACCGGGAUCGCCGUGGGAGGCAGAGUCAGUUGGCGGACCUUUUCGUCACGGGCCGGAACAUCCGCUACGUACAUAUACCGGACGACGUGAACAUUGUGGAAACCAUACAGGCGCAGCUGGCACGCAUACACCGUGUUCGCAACUUUGUGGGGGAGAAAGGAGGGAGAAAGGAGUAUGCCAAGACUAAGAAGUAACUUGAUUGCUCAGUGAACUGUCCAGCAAUGUGCUGUAAGGCAAUACUUGUUUUUUGUAGCUUUAAGACUAAGGUAUUUAGGGAAAAGUUCAGUUAGACUGUUAAAUGUUGCAAAACAGAAACGGGGACAAGUUAUUCUUUUUGAGUUGCCUUCAAGAUAUAGAGAACUGCAUUCAUAUUUACAAUAAAGCUUUUUAUUUUGUAA